GUGUGUGUGUGUGUGUGUCUGUCUCCUCACAGUCUGGUUGUGCUGUGAGGUGUUGUUUUUUUUCUGUUCUUUAGUAUGACUGUGAGGAAUGUGGGGACAGUAAGAGGGGACGUGAAUUUGGCCUUUCAUUUAGUUUUCUUUUUGCUAAAUGGAACAGUAAAAGCACUUGUCCUACCAUCACAUCAGUCAAUGGCUCUGACACUCACUGGAGGUGACAUGGGGGAUCAGCAAGUUGCACACUAGAUGUCGGGUCCGUUACCGAAUGGCCACCACUGACAAAUGGACUGAGGUAUUGACUUCAUUCUCUUCUGCUCUAACCUCACUACCCAAAUGGACUCAGGUAUUGACUUCAUUCUCUUCUGCUCUCACCUCACUAUCCAGAAAUCUUCAAGUCUCUGACAGUGCACAUGUUGUUAUAUGAUGCAUAUUUUAAUCCAAUGUUACAUUUAUUUGGGUAGUUAAAGCCUGAACCCAGACUACGUCCAAAAUAGCACUAUAUUCCCUAUAUGGUGCACUUCUUUAACCAGGGCCCAUAGGGCUCUUUUCAAAAGAAGUGCACAAUGUAGGGAAUAGGGUGCCUUUUGGGACAGAGACUCAGUGGUAUACUGCCAUCUCUCACACCAGACCCCAGCCUAUGUUCUUGUGGAAAACGCUGAAAAAGCAGUCUACACGAUUGAAGGCCUCAAGCCUUUCAGCAGCUACAUCAUUGCCGUUUCCUGUAUUUUGUCAUUUGGUCACUGGAGUGACUGGAGCAUGGAGACAACUGGAACAACACUGGAGAGAGCACCCUCUAGACCGCCAGAUAUCUGUUAUCAUGUGGAGACGGUGAACAAACAAGGACCUCAUCACCUUAUGCUUAUGUGGAAGGCCCUUGAUGUUUAUGAUGCUCACGGACAUAUUCUUGGGUACCAAGUGAGCUACACACAAACAAAGCACCCCUCUCUGAGUGUGACCACUAACACCACAGAUCUGAAGGUGGUCCUUGUGGUGACCGAGGAUGAGUUGGAGGUCACAGUUAUGGCGUACAAUAGCGCUGGUGGAUCCCCUUACUCUCAUCUAAAGAUUGACCUGAGUCUUCAUCAGACUCUACCCUCAGUGAGAAGACUUUGGGUGAAUUCUGAAGGUGAUAGGCUAGUGCUUCAAUGGGAUGUGGGACACAUAUCCCUGCCAGUUAGUGAGGUUGCCAAUGAGUGGGCCACUGAUGCUGCACAUCCCAUAUCCAGUCACUGGAAACGAGUGAAUGGCUCCACCAGAUCAACAGUCUUGAAAGACCAUCUUCAGCCUGGGACAACAUACAGAAUCAAUGUUUACCCCAUAUCUAAUCAACUGUGUGGUCCACCCAAGUCAAUCUUUGCCAACCUAGAGUACGGAACUCUUUUAGGUGCAGUCGGAAUGCACGUUGUGGAUGUGACUAAAAACACAGUGACUGUACAGUGGGAGUGGCAGAGAAAGGAGGUUCACCCCAAGGUUCUCAGAUACAGAGUGAUACUGCGCCUGGGGGAGAUACAGGUCGAAUCUAUCCCUGUCUGGCCAGAUGUAUGGCAGCACACAUUCUUCAAACUUCGCGCAAACACAGGCUAUUCUGUUCAUUUACUGGCGGAGACUUCUAAUGACAACAUUUCAAGAGAAAUUAUUCCUAUUAAAACACAUCUUUUUGAACAUUAUUUCAUUAUGUUCACCUUCCCUCUAAUCGUCCUGCUUACCCUUGGCCUUGGAGUUUUCUUCAUCUUAUCCAGAACUUUCUACAAAACAUAUUUCUUUCCAAAAAUUGCUAACCCUGGGGCCAGUGUUGUUGGACGAUGGCUUUUGGAGUCACACCAUGAGAAAAAACGUGUGAAGAAUGUACUGAAGCUGGAGGAGUUCUUAGUCACUGAUCUCUCAGGAGAAAAUGGCUUUGUUGAGCUGGGGCAAGAAAGGCCACCUGUGAGAGAGGAUGGGAUUUUUAACCCUGGUUCAUCUCACAGUACCCUCAAUAUAAAACAUAUUUUUAUUCCGCAAAAUACAGAAUACAUUGAAAAUACUCCUAAAAGUAACAGAGAGAACAGGGAUUCCUCCCUGAUGUUUAACAAUGUUGCCCACAUAGAGAAUGGCCAGGGUACACACAUAGAAAAUUACAUUUUGUAAAUGUAAACCAUUUUAAGUGCUACUGUUCUUCAUAAUGUUACAGGCUUUGUUUUUUCCACUUAUGUUAUGAGGUUGGACUUUAGCAUGUAUAGCUCGUUAGCACGUAGGGCRCACCGAUUGGCGUCACCUCGUUAGUCAGUAUGUGUUACACCUGUGCCGACCUAGUGCUCUUGAGAGAUGUGGGGGGUUAACACUUAGUUGGUGCUCUUCAUUUUUGAUUUCUAGGCAAACAAUCCUUUAUCUGAUCAUCCCUGUUUUCGUUUUGCUCCACUUUUUGGUUUACUUCCUGUAUAAGUUUGGUGUGUUUUUUUUGUUUUUGUUUGCCUCUUCUUAGGCAAAUUUAGUGGGCUCUCAUGGUGGGUGUCUUUAAGGUUCCAGUUGUUGAUACUUGUCAACUUUCAGUGGACACCCCCACGUCUUUCAGAACUCCCCCUAAAACCCCACUUGUUUCAUUUUGGUUGUUGUCAGUGACUCAUUAGUUCCCCCUUCUGUUUGAGCUACAUUUUAGGUUUUCUUGCUGGGGAUCUU